UUCUUCGUCCGGUGUGGUUCACAAUUUUCCUUCUCUCGCAGUGUUCGCGCUUCUCUAUCCCCGUGUGUGUGUGAGCCUCUUUGAGUGUGGUGUGAGUGUGGAAAAAUCCACAGCAACAACAACCAGAGAGGGAGAGAGCAGAAAAAUCGCCGAAAAUUAGCCCCAGCUAUGGAUAAACGGAAUGCAAAAAUGUAUGCAAUUGCCGUCAUAAGUUCGCUCAUUGAAAUUCGUAAUAAUUGAGUGAAUUCACCGAAAAUGAGGAAGAGCACUUAGCCAAGAGAGUUAGAGAGAGAGAGCGAGAGUGCGAGCGAGCGAGUGCGAUUGAGAUGCGCCGUUUUAAACGUUUCAUUUGCAACGUCAUCGUCAUCUGAAGAGAAAAUCCUAGGGGAAGAGAGCGCGCGAGCGCAUUACGCCUUUGUUUACACGCCCAUUUCACAACUCCCCCGAAAGGAGACAUCAUCUAAGAAUUAACUGAAUAUGCACAUGAAACCGCUAUUUGGAUAAUUAAUGCUGAGGAAUCCGAGAUUGUGCAAAAAAAAACCCCUGCGAUAAAAGAGUCUGCGCAAAGAGAGAGCGUUCAGAUAUAGAGAGAGCGAGAGGGAGGAAAGAUAAAGAGAGAGCAGAGCGAGAGCUUGGUUGGGCUCCAAAAAUCAAAUUCGAGCGGCUCCCAUUUGGAAAAAUUGCGUCUCGCGACACAACGUGCGUCCAAAGCAGCGGAAAGUUUUUCUAUUCGCGGCCGGUUUGAUGUUGUUGUAAAUGCAAUUGUGCUUCGAAAAACCGCAGUUUCUUUCAGUAUUUGCCAUUGGGCAAAACAAUAAACACAAACUUAACCCACAAACCCAUUUUAUCUAGUGCGACGAGUGUUAAAUAUCGAUUUUCUCGUUUCGGCCAACGCGAGCCGAUGACCUCGCACACAACAACAUUAGCAACAACAAAAACCACUAAAAACACCACUUUGAUACAAAGCUAAAAGCUGCAAGUACACACGGAGAAAAAAGCACUCCAAAGCUGUGGUCCAAGUUUUUAAAGUAAGCCAAACGCUUUACAUAAUUAUUGCCCCAGUGCCAAAAGAGGCAGCCACAACAAAAGCAAAAGCAACGAGGAAGAAGCAGAAAACAACGGCGUUGCAAGGGGGAAAACUCUCGAUUGAAGGAAGAAGCAGAGGAGGCAGAACAAGAACGCGGCGUAGAAGAGCCCCCGAAAAGAGCGGCAGCCGAAAACCUCAAAGACACAUGCUCAGAUACCGUCUCGUGUCCACUCACUUCCUCAAGCAGCCGUAGUGUGCGAGCGAGCGAGACAGCGCGAUAGCUAGAGAGAGCGAGAACGUGGGUGUAGCAGCAGCGAAUGCAAUUGCAGCAAGCGAGAGAUUGGGAAAGUGAGAGAAGGAGACUGAGCGAUCGCAGGAUAUAACUGUGCUAUAAAAGCUCGACAGGUGCGCUCUGCCGGCUCAUUCACCGCUAGUCGUCGGCCACUCAAUUUGUUAUCGCGAGGUCCUCUCUCCUUCCAGGAAGAGGCAACAGGAACGGAACAGGAACUAGGAGAGCGAGGAAGAGAAGGCGCUCGCCGAGCGAGAGAGUGAGAGAGAGAGGGAAUUCGCAUCCGAUCCGGCACUAAAAUCCAGUCACAACGUAUUCGCUAGGAGUGCUACGCCUUUUGGGUCUGAGCUAUAGUCUAGAUAGCGAAAAUGUGCAGAGAUCGCGAUAUGAGUUUGUCGUAGAUCAGCGCAACCGUCGUUACAAGGUCAAGAAAAAAACCAAGCUCAAGAGCGAGUAGGAAGGUGAGCGGGCAAGCGCCCGAGGGCUCCAAAAAGAAAGAAACCGAGAUUGCGUGAUAUUGCGAAAUCCUGGACCACGGACACCAGCCACAAUAACCAGAUCUGAAGCUACCAUACCAAAGUUAACAAUAUUAGCAAAGGCCGCAGCUAAAAAUAGUUAAAUUUUACAAAAGGAUCGAUCGGUUCUUCCAUAUCGAGUGCGCGUGUGAUCAACAACGGCAAUGUGACUAUCUGCGCAUCCGGGCUCUAUCUAAACGGUUUUAGCCGGUUAAAAACGCGAAAUUUAGCUUCGGGGCCAAGUGAUUUCGAUCUUUGAUUCGAUUCGGUAUUCUCCAACUACAUUUUCCAACCACCAAUCGAUCUAAAACGUCGUGCAACUGGCGAACGUACGGGGAAAAACCAGCAAGAUUGAAGACUUUGGGAGAAAUCUGUGGAAGUCCGUUAAGGCUUGCAUUUGCGGCAUGCGCCAUCCCACAACUGGGCUGAACGAAGACGACCUGAGUCGUCUCACUGGUUCAUCAUCGUCGACGGCCUCGUGCGGCAGUGCAGCCUCCUCCUCUUCAUCGUCCUCAUCCUCGUCCUCGAAUCCCGCUGACCGGCAUGAGGUGGUCCGCAGUCCGGAGAAGCCAACGCCGGCGGCCGCGGACAAGAGCCACCUGAACAGCGGCUUCCACUCCACCUACCUGCCGGAGAUCAUACACCCGGCCCUGGAAUGGCAGAAGUCGUCGCGCAAGCGCAAGGAGCGCCUGGACAGCAGCUCGGCCUUUGGCCAGGAUCGCAAGCUGCAGCGCAGCAACAGCGAGGAGCUGCUCACGGAACCCGCUGCCAUCGUUUCACCCACGGCCCAGGCACAAGCGGCCAAUCUGCUGGAGGCCCAGUGUGAGGUUAUCCGGCGCGUUUCCUCCGAGGACUUCAAGCGGACAGCUAGUUAUGCUAACUACCGCCAGGAGUUCGAAAGGGAGCAGGAGGAAUCCUCCGAGUUGGGCGAGAACAAUGCCUCGUUGGCCAAUUUGCCAACCGGAGAGGCGGCCAAGGAGCGUCCCCGCCUGGAGACCAGUCCCGCUCGCCAGGCAACCAAAGAAGCUAGCGACGACUCAGAGUGCGAGCACGAAAGACGUCGCAGCAGCGAGCGAUUCUGCAAAUCCCGCCAGCCGCCUGUCCGCAAGUCUGGAGUGGCCAAGAAGGGCGGCGGCGGCAGUGGCUCGAAGUAUCUGCCCUCCCGGCGGGAUGAGCAGAGUGCCUACAAGUACGAUCUGUCGGCUUUGAAGUACGAACGCAGAGGUUUCAUCAGCAGCAGGAAGCAGCAGAGUCAGCAGUCGCUGCAAUCUGCUGCCGAUCACAACGACAACAACCUAAUAGACUUCCACCAGCAGCAGAAGGAGCUGCAGACGAAGAGGAGCGCCAGUAUUUCACCCACACCCACCACCAGUUCCUCGGCGGGCAGCGAUGACAGCACGCCCACUUCCACUGCCCCGGCGCCCGUCAAGGCCAAGCCCCAGAGGCAGCAGCAGAGUCUGGACCUCACCUCCGCCCAGGAGUCGCUGCCCUGGGAGCGAGGAGAUGAACCGGUUCCCAUCCUGAGCCGGAGAUACGCCCACUCGCGGCCACAUAUCGGUGGCAAUCUGGAUGCAGCUGCCCAGCUGGCCAAGGCCAUGCCAUAUCCCCAGCAGAUGCCCAAGCAGGCGGCCACCGUGCAGCUGCAUGCGGACACCGCCGACAUGGACUGCUGCCUGGAGCCCAUGGACGCGGUGAGGGCCUUCAGCUCGCUGGAGAACAUGCGCACUCGCGAUGUUAUGCAACAGGUGCUGCCCGCCAUGAUGGUGGCCUUCCAGUCGCCCGAGGAGCGCCUGAAGGCCAUUAAUCGCCGUGUGACGGUGCUGAAGAAGAAACUGGUCCAGCUGGAGGAGUCCCUGGAGCAGAGACUGGGCUACAGGCCAUCGCAGGCGGAGCGACUGAACGACAAGUACAUGAAGAACGCCCUGGCGGAGUUGAGCAAGCUGCGCAAGGAACGGCACGAGCUCAAGACUGAUCCCAUCGCAGCUCUGGGCCUGAAGGUGGGCAGCGGCGGAGGCGGCGCUGGAGGCAUUGGCGGCCAGGAGGUGGCCAAGAAGCUGGAGCGCAUGAAGGCCACCCUCGCUGAAAUCGAGCAGAAUCUUAACGAGAAGCGCGCAAACGGCCGCCGUUCCGAGCAGUUGGAGGAGCUAAGUGCCGACCAACUGGUGCAGGAGAAGAGCGCCGUGCAGCAUGGACUGCUGUACUUCGAGAGCCUCUACGGACACCCCAUCACCAAGGAGGAGCGCGAUGCCGCGCGGCCGCUCUACGAUCGCUACAGGCAGCUGAAGCGUCUGGUCUCGCGCACCGUGAUGUUUGGAGCGGGCACUGGGAUACCCGAGCUGCCCACCAUCCUGGAGCACGAGGCCAUGGUGUUCGAGGCCACCUCCACCCCGCUGCAGUAUUCGUCGAACAACAGCACCGAGACCACCAACUCGCCCAGCGACGCGAAUGCCCCGAAUACUCUCACCCAGAAUGCCUCCUCCGAUGAGUCGUCCACCACCACCACCACAUUGACGGGACCGGCGGCUGGGGUGGCGUGCUCGAGUCAGGACAACCAGGCGGCCAGCGAGAACAUCUCCGCACUGAGCGUGGACCAGCUGUGGGAGCAGCUGGAUCGAGCCCGCGAUGAGAAAUCCCUGCUGAAGGCCACCAUCCGCGAGUACGAGUCCUUGUUCGAGGAGCAGAACGGACGCAAGAUGCUCAAGCAGGACCGCCGCUCGCUGGAGACGGAAACCUACGCCCAGUACAAGGAGAAGAAGGCCAAGGUGCGACUGCUGCAGGCCCUGAUCAAGAAGCACAUUGGGCACUGAGCUGUGCACGAUGAUGUACUACUAUCCUACUUCCAUUCUACUUUUGUUCACCCCACACGCAUGCGAUAACUAUUUAUUUCAUACCCAACCAAACAAAUACCAACCUAGCUCUAUACAAAUUAUAUGUAGUUUUUAGACUUACAUUUACCAUAUAUUCUAUAAUGAUACAUUUUAUGAAUAUUGUUGAUUCCUUAUUGUUUUUUUAAAAAACAUCUAUUGAGUAAUUGUAAUAAAAGAAGCAAAACGCAACAUUAUGAGACAAAGAGGAGUGAUUGAGAACGUAACCGCUAGACACUUGAUUCAGACUCAUUCCCCUACAUGUUAUUCAGACUCCCGCACGGAAUUGAUAUCUAAACGUAACCCAAGAAUCUGCAAUAUAUUUUCGCACUCUCCCCCUUGUGUUCUGUGUAAAUCGUCAUUGAUGUUAAAAAAUGACUUGGCCUGAUUUGCCCCACUCCGAAAGCGGGCAGCACCUUUAAUUCGAUUAGCUAUAGUUUCGAGCGGUCUAGGAGAGGAGCAGGUGGAAACCGCAAAUCAAAUGAUUACAAAACUUUAUAAAUGUUGUCUAGUAGAAACGAACAUUUUAUAUCGAUAUCUAUACUAGACUCUAGCGAUCUAUUAGCCAGUCAUUCUAGUUGUGCUUUCCAUUAAAUGUUUCAGCGUGCAAAUGGCACGCACCCACACUCGAGAUAAGGAGUUCUGAGCGUUGGCAAGGGAAAUCGAGUCGAGACGAUCAUAAGUUAGUAUCGAAUCGCAGGCCCGGAGCCUGGGUAAUGAUUUUGUUGUGCAGAAAGCAAUUGGGUUUUUUGAACGUGUAUACCCCGCCCCUAAUCCAAGCAUACGAUAUAUGAAUAUACAUAUACAUAUAUAUUUACAAUGAUAAAGAGUGUAAGGCCCAAGCCAAGCAAAUACAUAUGUAACGUGUAUUUAAACAACGUACACUUAUAUUUACAUGUUUACAUAUAGAGAACAUCCAAAGCAAACGUAUAUACAUAUAGGACUCAACAUUUACAAAUUGAAUAUUCUUAUAUGCGACCCACUGAAAGGGCCAAUAUGGAAAGCAGAGCAUUACAAGUAUCUCCCAGCUAACUGAGCGAAUGAAUGUCUAUACAUAAUUUGAAAUGCAAAAUAAAAUAUAUCACGUUAUAUUAAACCAA